CAUCAUUGUUUUUCUGAGAUCAGGUCAUAAGACCUGGUAUUUGUUUCAUGAACGUUAGAAUAUUAAUUUUAAUAUCUUUGGGAGUAAAAAUGUCCUGUACCUUUUAUACCGCUGUCUGCCAUGUACGCCACUGUCACACAGAUUUUCUAGAUUGGGUCUUUCUAUAAUCUGUCUAUCACUGACUGAACCUUCAUAAUAUUCUGAGAUUUGAAUAAAAUCUAUGUUAAUAUUAAGGUUUUUCAGCGUUCCUUCUAUAAGAUAAAAUAUUUAUUGAUGAUUCUUUACAGUUUCUUUUAUGCCGUGUAGUAAGGAUUAUUUUUCCUAUUCCUAUCUUCCAGAUAUUUCACUUUUCCAUAAAAUCGUUGUAUCUCAGUUUUUAGGUAAUUAUUUUCUACCAAAAUUGGUUUCAGCGUCUCAUCUAUGUUUCGUAAGACACUUUCAGUUACACUUUGUGUAAUUGUUGCGGUUUGUUGAUUAAGUUCAGAUUUCACUAUCGGAAUAGCAUUGCCAUAUCCUGUUGUGUAGUUAACGUAGCACGGCACGAUGUAAACGCAGCACUGAGCGCCGUCGCGUUGACGCGGGCUGUGAUCGAAUGACUCACCGCUUGCCUCUGCCGCCGUAUCGGUGUUCUUGUUCGACUCGUAUAACAACUUACUGGCUUUAUUCACUUUGAUUUCAAUGUAUUAUUAGGAUAAUUUCUGUUUCCUUUAAAUAUAUACGUUGAUUUUUCAAUAAAAGAGUGAUUUACCUGUACAGUUUGUAGUAUUGUAAAGGUUGGCACUUAACGACAACUUUUAACGGCACUUUAUAUUUAUUGUUUGCGGAGCAAAAAACUAAAACCCACCUUUACUAACAAAUGUCGGUCGCUUGUCGUAUAAGAGUUUAUUAAAUGGUGUUAAAUGUUCAUUUAUAUAUAUUCUUCUAGUAGCACUUGGGAUAUUUAUGUCAGUGGUGGUUACACCCUCCUUCGAGCAAACGCCGGACAGAAUGGAGUCGCGAAGUAACCGCGACCCCUUAAGGAGGCCAUACACGCUACGGUCUACCGGAGAGGUAAUCUGUGCAGGUAUGCCUGCGUAGGUCAACCGAACAAUGGUAGCGUGUAUGGGGACGUUCCGGUGUAUCGGAGCGGUCUUCAGUUCUCUUUGCGAUGGCAUCGAAUAUGGACGAUGACACGCUGGCGUUGCUAGGUCUUGCUUUAAUUUUGAAGAAAAAUGAUACGAAAAACAAGCGAAGAAAGUGGUGUGAGCAUUGGUUAUUGAAAAGGAAAACAUAUAGUCAUGUUAAUUUAAUAAAUGAAUUGAAAUUUGAGCCAGAAGAUUUUAAAAACUAUCUUCGAAUGGACGAGAAAACAUACCUUAAACUACUUGAAAUGGUAACUCCUAUGAUAAAAAAAGAAGACACAGUUAUGGGAAAUAGUAUUUCUGCGCACGAAAGAUUAUCAGUUACAUUGAGAUUUCUCGCAACUGGUAGAAGUUAUGAGGACCUGAAGUUUUCAACAAUUAUUUCGCCUCAGGCACUUGGUAAAAUUAUUCCUGAAACAUGUGAGGCUUUGUAUAAAGUACUUAGAAGAGAUUAUUUGAAGUUUCCUACAUCUGAAGAAGAGUGGAAGGAAAUAGCAAAGAUGUAUGAAGAUCGAUGGAACUUUCCUCAUUGUCUUGGUGCAAUAGAUGGAAAGCACAUAGCGAUUGUUCCACCGGCUAAUAGUGGAUCGUAUUUUUAUAAUUAUAAAGGGCAACAUAGCGUAGUUCUUGUGGCAAUUGUUAAUGCAAAAUACCAAUUUAUGUAUAUAGACAUUGGCAUGAAUGGCAGAAUAUCCGAUGGAGGGGUUCUACAACCCACUAAAUUUGUUGAAAAAUUAGAAAAUAGUGAUUUACGUAUUCCAAGCAGUGAAUUGUUAACAGGAAGUAACCGAAAUUUACCAUAUGUAUUUGUGGCAGAUGACGCGUUCCCAUUACGCCCCGAUAUGAUAAAACCGUUUCGGCAGACAGAUUUAACAUCGCAAGAAAGAAAAAUUCUGAAUUACAGAUUAUCUCGUGCGAGGCGGACUGUUGAAAACGCUUUCGGGAUAAUGGCAUCACGAUUUCGGAUAUUUUAUACUCAUAUAAAUUUAGAACCCGAAAAUACCGAUAAAGUAGUGAAAGCAUCUUGUGUAUUACAUAACUUUUUAAUUGAACACUCAAAAAAGUAGUAUGCACCUCAAAAAUCUUUUUAUCGAGAAAACUCUGAAAACGGGACUAUAAUUUCUGAAGGAUACAAUACACAAAAUAGUACCAUGGAAAACUUGGAAAGAAGAAACCCAGGAAAUACUUUGAACAACGCGAAGAUUGUCCGAAACAAUUUUAUGAAUUAUUUAAUCAGGAGGGAAGGGUUCCAUGGCAAAAUGAUCAUGUAAAUUAAAAAAUAAGGCUGAACGGGCAGAGUAGGUAGUUCUAAAUACAUAGUUAUUAGUGAUGUACAGGAUCGUUACGCGGAUACGGAUCUUUAUUUUCGAUGAUACGGAUAUCCGGAACAUCACUAAUAGUUAUAUUAUAAGCUUUAGUGAAAUUUAGAAUGACUGUAAAUACAAAAUAAUUAUGUGUUA